AUGGGACAAGGGUUCUCACUCACCACGCUCUCGGCUGGCACCGCCAACAUCGAUGUACCAGAGCUGGCUGACUUGCAAUAUGAAAAAUCUCUAGGUGCUGCGCGGUUCAUGAAAGCCGUGAGGGCACGACACAAAGAUGGCCUUGUUGUGGCACGUGUGGUGAUGAAGCCAUACGCGCACUUCAAUUUCGAGACAUAUGCAAGGCGAUUACUGCAUGAACGCAAGGUACUUGCAGAAGUUCCGAACGCUUUGGCAUAUCACCGUAUCAUCGAAACAGCUGCUUGUGGUUAUCUCGUCCGUCAGUACAUCCACAGCUCUCUGUACGACAGACUCAGCACACGUCCGUUUUUGGAGGAGAUCGAGAAGAAAUGGCUAUCUUUCCAGUUGCUGUCUACGAUACAGGACUGUCAUGCCCAGAAUAUAUAUCAUGGCGACAUCAAGACGGAGAACAUCCUGGUCACAUCCUGGAACUGGCUUUACCUAACCGACUUCUCUUCCGCGUACAAGCCUGCGCAUCUUCCAGAAGACAACCCCGCUGAUUUCUCGUUCUAUUUCGACCUGUCUGGGCGGCGGACAUGCUAUCUGGCCCCUGAACGAUUUCUAGCACCUGGCCAGCAGCCGGAGGGAGAAGGCAGUGUGAACUGGGCGAUGGACAUAUUCAGCCUGGGCUGUGUUAUUGCAGAGCUAUUCCUCGAGGCGCCAAUCUUCUCUUUGAGCCAGCUUUUCAAGUACCGACAGGGCCAGUACAACCCAGAACACUCCCAUCUUAGCAAGAUUCAGGACCCUCACGUACGAGAACUCAUCAUGCACAUGAUACAGGUCGAUCCAAACUCCAGGAUGUCGGCCGAGGACUACCUCACGCAUUGGAGAGGCAAGGUGUUCCCAGAUUACUUUUACGGGUUCCUUCAACAGUACAUGUUUUCAAUCACAGACCCAUCGUCUGGGCGGAAGCCAGUAACAACUACUUCAGAGCAUCUUGGAGAGCCAGAUGAGCGUAUUGACCAGGUAUACAACGAUUACGACAAGAUAUCUCAUCUUCUUUCAAGCAGCGAAGGGAAAGAACUUGUCAAACCACGACAUUCACCGCCUAAGCCAAACGCGAAGUUGUUCCCACUGCAUAUCGACAUCCCCAACUAUCAACACCAAGCAUCUCCGACGCGAAGUCUUACGCAAGAUGACGGUAAUCUAAUCUUCCUCACUAUUGUCGUUUCGUGUAUGCGAGGGACAGCUCGUGCCUCUGCUCGUGUCCGAGGGCUAGAGCUCUUGUUAGCAUUCUCGGAGCGCUUGACUGAUGAGGCGAAAUUGGAUCGUGUCGUACCCUACGUUGCGCAGCUACUGACCGACAAGUCGGAGCAAGUGAGAAUCACCGCGCUGAGAUCUCUCACUCAAAUUCUUGCAAUGGUCCAGGUCGUAUCUCCAAUUAAUGCUUACAUCUUCCCGGAGUAUGUUUUACCACGACUAGAAACAUAUCUUCCCGACUCUUUGUCGGCGGCAAAUCCUCUGGUUCGUAUGCAGUACGCCUUGUGUAUAGGAACGCUCGCGACCACGGCUGCUAGAUAUCUCGACAUGAUUCAGGCAUUGCGAGCGGAUGGCGCCCUUCCAGCUACCGACCCUGAGGCUGAGGACAAUUUGUCUACGUCCGCACACCGCAAUCGCUUCGAUGCCGAUCGUCAGAACCUGCUUGAGGCGUUUGAAAAGCACACGAAAGCGCUCUUGACAGACUCUGCUGCUUCUGUACGCCGCGCCAUGCUGCGGUCCGUUUCUGAUCUGUGUGUGUUCUUUGGCAGUCCACGAGCGAACGAUGUUGUAUUGAGUCAUCUCAACACGUAUUUGAACGAUCCGGACUGGAUGCUGAAGUGUGGCUUCUUCGAAGCGAUAGUCGGAGUUGCUGUGUUCGUCGGCGGUGCGAGUUUGGAAGGCUACAUCCUUCCGCUCAUGGUCCAAGCAUUGACAGAUCCGGAGGAGUUUGUGGUCGAAAAAGUCAUACGUGCCCUGUCUUCGAUGGCGGAGCUUGGUCUGUUCCAAAGAUCCAAGACAUGGGAGCUCGUCGACAUCGUUGCACGGCUUACUAUGCACCCAAACCUCUGGAUAAGAGAAUCAGCUGCACAAUUCAUAUCGACUGCGUCAAAGUAUCUCUCCGUCGCCGACACACACAGUAUUUUGGUCAACUUGAUCAGACCAUACCUCAAGGUGGUGCCGUCUGAUUUUUCGCAAACUCGUAUCCUUGAGUCCCUCAAGAAACCAAUGUCAAGGUUACUCAUGGAGAUGGCCUCAAAUUGGGCCGUUCAAGCACAGAAAGGGCUCUUCUGGACUUCUGCAAGGCAGCAGCAGACCUUCACAUUUGGGUCGACAGAAGAAACCCUUCCCGCCAUCUCAGGCCGCGAGCUAGAUGCAAAGGUGCUUCAGAGAAUACAGAUGAAUGCCGAAGACGAGACUUGGCUGCAAAAGCUUCGUAAUGCGGGUAUGACAAGUGAAGAUGACUUCAAGCUUGUUGCUUUGCGAGAGUUCAUUUGGCGCGUGGUUCACCGGCGACGGUCCGAUAGCUUCGCAUCAACCCCAGCAAAGUUCAACAACAUCGUAAAGCUGAAGGAUCUGGGAGUCAACGCUCUCACUGUCAUCUUCGACGAAAAUGUGCAGCACGCUGUCAACAAGGAUCGGAUGGUCAGCAGUCAGCAUGAAGGUGUCACUCAACCCCGGACCCUUCAGGACGCGCUGCUCGAUGCGUCCACUACAGAGAUUGACGCUCUCACCUCUCGCAUGCCCCAUGCACAGAAAAACAAAGCGCUCCCAGAGAUUGGUACGACGUCUGCGAACGCUUUUGGCAAGGUCGAUGCAGCGCAUGCGCGAGACACCUCCCGUUCUCGCCAACCGUUGUCGCCACUUGCCGUUGACAAACCCCUACGAAGCUCUUCCCAAGUGCGCUUUAGGAAUGCGCACAACUACACCGGCAACGACCCUGCGAUUCUGAAGCUUCUCGAUUCGAUGCUUCUCGAGCGCUUUCCUUCUGGCGAGAUAGAGUUUGGACCCCGCAUCCAGCUACCACUCAGAAAACCAACCAUACGUUACAAAGACGCCCACCAGUCGGCAGCAGGCGUUCCUUGGAGACCAGAAGGCGCUCUGAUCACGACCUUUGGUGAGCACACUGCUGCCGUAAACCGCAUCUUGGUGUCUCCGGACCAAGGUUUCUUCAUCAGCGGAUCAGAUGAUGGUAGUGUCAAAAUUUGGGACACCUCGCGUCUCGAGCGCAACAUCACUCGACGGUCUCGACAGACGUACAAACUUGGUGACGACGUCAAGGUCACAAGUCUGGUCUUUGUGGAGGAAAGCUACUCCUUCGUGGCUACUGGCAGUGAUGGCAGUGUCCACGUGGUGCGAGUCGACUAUCUUCAAGGCCCAGAAGGGACUGCCAAGUUUGGCAGACCUCGACUUCUCCGCGAGUAUCAACUGCCCAAAGCUGACCAGGCCGUAUGGUCCGAGCACUAUACCGAGGACAACAAAUCUGUGCUAGUACUUGCCACGAAUACCUCGAAAAUCAUCGCACUCGAUCUGAGAACGAUGGAAGAGCUGUUCGUCCUGAAAAACACGCUGAAUCAUGGGACGCCGACCUGCUUCUGUGUGGACAAGAAAGCGCAUUGGCUGUUGCUAGGAACAUCCCAUGGUGUGCUCGAUCUCUGGGAUCUUCGAUUCAAGCUACGCCUCAAGGCUUGGGUCUACAGCGGUGCCUCGCCCGUACAUCGACUUCUCCUGGUACCAAUGCCAGGACGAAAGCAAAAGCAACGGCUGUACAUUGCUGGCGGUAGCGGAAAAGGCGAGGUGACGAUGUGGGAUUGGGAGAAGCACAUCUGCGAGCGUGUGUAUCGCAUCGGUGGUGGCAAGGAGACAGGGCUGAAGAGCACUUUGCUCACCGAUCUGGAUGAAGAGAAGCCGGGUGGUAUGCUCGGCCGCUUUGCUACCGCGCUGGAACCCACAGCAAAUCAGAGCGCAGACCGUGGUAUUCGUGCACUUGCUGUGCACACACAAGCAGUAGACGACAAGGGCGACGCAAAGCACACAUUCAUCCUCACUGCAGGUCCAGAUUGGAAGAUUCGAUACUGGGACACCUACAAACCGGAAGCCUCCAUGAUAGUCAGUGGCCUGGAGGCUGAUGAAGUCAAGCCCCAGUACGCUACAAGCCAGCCAGGCGUCGAUACCACUGUGAUCACAGAACUUUCAUCGCAGCCCCCUUCUCAGUCACUCAGUGGAAGAGAGAGCAAGAGCUUGUCUUCGAGCAAGAAGGCAGCACCUAAACCAUCGCGAACUGGCUUGAUAUCUCAACAGCAGCAGCAAUUGCUCAAGUCUCAUCUAGAUAAGAUCAUGGAUGUGGCUCUGGUUGAGCAGCCUUACGGCAUGGUCAUUACGGCUGAUCGGUCCGGGGUCAUCUACAUGUUCAUGUAA